CAGUGCUAGCUGAGAAUGUUGAUUGCUGAUGUCAACAUUUCCGUAAACGUCCACUAUUGCCUUGAAUAAUUUCUUCAGUUUGAGCGGCUGCGUAAGUUUUGGAGAUUAUACAGGAGUACCUGUAGACCAUACGAAGUAAAUCAGUGGCGUCAUGGGGAGUAAAGACCCCGGGGGUAACGACAUAAAAUACCAGAUGGAACAAGAAAUGGAUGAGUUACAACAGAUGCACUAUAGCACAGAGUUCAGUACUGACAUCAAUAGUAAAAUGCAGAUUCCAACCAGAUUAAGCAUGGGCCAACCCAGCGCAGACGAUUCCUACGCAGAUUCGGAAGAGUUAAAUUUGGAUUUUAUGACCAACAGUCCGGCCCACGCCAUGAACGUACCAGAAAGAAUCAUGAUUGCAGGAUCAGAUACGCACUUUGGAUCAAGAAAAACACCCAGGCAUCUGGAUCUUGAAGAAAUGACGCCGUUCCCCACAGCUGACACAGUUGUCGGACUAACCACCCCUCCCCAUACACUGAAAAUGGAUGAUGUAAGAUUCCCUACAGUUGGUGACCAGAGCGUGUUGAAGCCAGACGAGCAUAGUGCUAAUUAUCGAGUUGUGCAAAAUGGCCUCAACGAAACACCCUUGGGCUCCUCCAAGCUCCAACACAACUCCUCCAUGAUAGAAAGUGGCCCCGCCCUCGACGUGCAGGCACUACAGCGCCAUCUUCAUCUCCUGACUAGGAAGGUAGCCAUCAUGGAGAAUGAUAACAUCCGACGUGAUCGCAGGGAGUUGCUUUUCUGCGCUCUUGGUGCAAUAUACAUGGUCUACAAGGGUCUGCGAGUUUUCUCUCGUAUGUUGUAAUUUUAAGUGAGCUAAGAAAUAUUAAGCCCUUUUUAUUCACACUAUUCUAUAGACCACAUUGAAUAUGACAUCACUACUCAUAUAUCUGCCCUACAACAUGGCGUUUGUAAGUGUGUGCGUGUGUGUGCGCGUACAUGUGCCCUAGAAAUCAUACCGGGAACGCUGCGUGUUGCGUGCUUCUUUGAUGUACGCCUUUAGACACGCAUACGGUUUGCCCUACAAGAUGGCGACUUUCAUAGCAACGAAGGGGUUAUUAAAUACGGUCUAUUCCCGUGUGGUUGUCCCAGGGGCAGGUCUGUAUGCUUUGUUUUUUGAAAGGGAAUGUGCACAAGGCAUUUUCAUGUUAAAGUGCGCCCUAUGAGGAAAUUGUACAUUUCUACUGGAGCAUUUUAAGGGCACCAAGGCAAUGACAAAGGGGCAUCGAGGCAAUCGCCUUUGUUGCCUACUGUGAAGUAUCAGGCCUGCAGGAGAUAAAUGGCCGGCCUAUUGACACUAUGAUCGUUUUACCCCCAGUCUUCCCCCAGUCUGUCCUGUAAAAUGGGCAUGCCCCGGGGAAAUAGCCUCCCCUGCUCCGGAGUAGAGGUAAGCGGUAAAACCCGGGGGUAUUUCUUUAAACAUGCCAACAGCACCCCGUGGAACAGGGACACAGUGUGAAAGUGCCCUGCGGUAACCGUGGGGGUAAGAGAAGUCCCUGGGCCUUUCUCGGGGAUAAGAGAUACAGUGUGAGAAGGGCUUUAGACUUUUGGUUUGUAUUUUUAAUCUCCCUCCAUGCCUUUCUCAAGUAUUUUUGAUGGGCUCUGUCUCCAGUUGCAGACUUUGUGGCAGGGCUUCAGGUUUUAUUUAUGUCAAGUCAUAAUAUCCUGCAGAUUUGGGCCCAACUUCACGGCUCUGCUGACCAAGGAAUUCUGCACUUGAGGCCCAUAAAAUUGUGUAAGCACAGAAUUUCGCGAAAAGCAAAACCCUAAAACUGAGCUCAGCUCUGUUAUGUUUUUGAAUGACUGUGGGUGUUUUGUAUGGCGCAUGCUGUUAUCUUGGUCUGAACAAUUCCAAUUUCAUACUAUUGUUAGCCCUUACCUGCCUGUUCUUGUUGAACACACAAACGCUUUAGCGUCUAUCUUAUCUUUAUCGCCUAGGCUUCAGGUUAUUAUUAUUAUUUUUUUAAAAGACAGUGGACACUAUUGGUAAUUGUCAAAGACUAGUCUUUAAAGUUGGU